AUGGCUACCAGUUUUCCUCACGGAUAUUACUCUGCCACCGAAUACUAUUUUCGCGAGGGACAGGCUGACGCUAUUGUUCGAACCACAGCCUACCAUCGUAAAGAUUACUGUCGCUCUGUGAUAUGGUUCUCGCCUCGCGAACACGUUGGUAUUCAUCCAUCGAUAGCAACACCUUUCCAGCGGGAUUCUCAUACGGGACUCGGCCCCCUAGAUCGCCUACCCCUCGAGCUCUUGCAUGACGUGUUGUUACGCAUGGACAUGCGUUCUCUAUUCAACUUUCGACAAAUAAAUCUCAGAUCGAGACAGGCGGUUGACUCUCUCAGGCAAUAUCAGAUGGUGUGCCUCCAAGAAGCUCCGGAAACCCAAGUGCAAACUCUUGGCGCUGUCCGGAAGCAAUUUCACUUAACUAAGGCCGAAUCAGCCCAAUUGAGGUCAUUCAAGGCUUUGCCUGGGAUAUAUUCAAUGAACGAGACCGUACAUAAGUCCCAUAUUAUGCUCGUUUCUACUCAUCAGACCAUAUUGGUUUCCGGACAGCAACCGGAUACAUCAGCGCAGGCGCCGCCGGGACGACAUAAAAAAUUCAGGUUUAUGGGGUCCUGCGCACUUCCUUACCGUGAUAAACGAACCGGUAAGAUCGAGCACGGAAUAUCGUGUGCCGGAUGUCAGCUCGCUCUCGGAAAAGACAUCAUCGGCUCCAGGGGCGAGAAAUGGGCAUUCGAGGCCCGUGACAAGGUAUAUGCGCAAGAUGGCUUUUUAGAACACUUUCGACGGUGUGAACAGGCCCAACUCUUAUGGAGAUCGAGUGGUGAAGGUAAGAACCGGCCGGCCGAGCUGCCCGAGGCUACCCGGAGAGGAGGCUACUUCAAGGUGAGAGAAUAA